UGCUCUCUAGACAGGAGGGCGCGGUAGCUCAGGCCACCAAGGAAAACAAGGUGGGAACCAGACUGGCCGGUCGAGGGGACUGAGGAAGAUUAGGGACUUGCUUUAGAAUCCAGCAAGAAGGAGGGCGAGGUCUGCAGCGAGCACCAUGGCGUGGCCGUGCAUCACGCGAGCCUGCUGCAUCGCCCGCUUCUGGAACCAGCUGGACAAGGCGGAUAUCGCCGUGCCGCUGGUUUUCACCAAGUACUCGGAGGCCACCGAGCACCCGGGUGCCCCGCCGUCGCACCAGCAGCCGGCGCCCGCGCCCCCCUCGGCGCGCACGGUCGCCAUAGAAACACAGCCGGCCCAGGGCGACGGGGAUGCGGUUGCCCGGGCAACAGGGCUGGCGCCGGGGCCUAGCGGAGAACGAGAGGCUGGGGCCUCCUCCGGCCGGAGCGGACCGGGCCCAACCUCUGGCUCCGGCUCCACCUCCAGCGCAGGUCCCGCGGACUCGGUGAUGCGGCAGGACUACCGCGCCUGGAAGGUGCAGCGGCCUGAGCCGAGCUGCCGGCCGCGCAGCGAAUACCAGCCUUCGGACGCGCCCUUUGAGCGCGAGACCCAGUACCAGAAGGACUUCCGCGCCUGGCCGCUGCCGCGCCGCGGGGACCACCCGUGGAUUCCCAAGCCCGUGCAGAUCGCCACUUCUUCCCAGGCGGCAGUGCCUGCGCUCCGUGCCCCCCAGCGCCGACCGCAGAGCCAGGAGCGCUGGCCUGUGCAGGCCGCCGAGGCCUCGGAGCAGGAGACGGCCCCUGGCGGAGCAGGUGUCCUUGCGGCUGGAAAAGCGUCCGGUGCAGAUGAGCGCGACACUCGCAAGAAACCUGGGCCCGCCUGGAUGGUGCGGCGCGCCGAGGUGUCGCAGAGCCAGGAGCGCUGGCUGGUGCAGGCCGCCGAGGCCCCGGAGCAGGAGGCGGCCCCUAGCGGAGCAGGUGUCCUUGCGGCUGGAAAAGCGUCCGGUGCAGAUGAGCGCGACACUCGCAAGAAACCCGGGCCCGCCUGGAUGGUGCGGCGCGCCGAGGUGCCUCAGAGCCAGGAGCACUGGCUGGGGCAGGCCGCUGAAGCCCCGGAGCAGGAGGCGGCCCCUAGUGGAACAGGUGUCCUUGCGGCUGGAAAAGCGUCGGGUGCAGAUGAGCGCGACACUCGCAAGAAACCCGGGCCCGCCUGGAUGGUGCGGCGCGCCGAGGUGUCGCAGAGCCAGGAGCGCUGGCUGGUGCAGGCUGCCGAGGCCCCGGAGCAGGAGGCGGCCCCUAGCGGAGCAGGUGUCCUUGCGGCUGGAAAAGCGUCCGGUGCAGAUGAGCGCGACACUCGCAAGAAGCCCGGGCCGGCCUGGAUGGUGCGGCGCGCCGAGGGGCUGGGGCAGGAGCAGACGCCGCUGCCCGCGGCUCAGGACCAGGUCCAGGCCACUGGCCCCGAGGCGGGCAGAGGGCGUGCGGCGGCCGACGCGCUCAACAGGCAAAUCCGCGAGGAGGUGGCGAGUGCAGUGAGCAGCUCCUACAGGAAUGAAUUCAGAGCAUGGACGGACAUCAAGCCUGUGAAACCGAUAAAAGCCAAGCCUCAGUACAAGCCCCCAGAUGAUAAGAUGGCUCAUGAGACCAGCUACAGUGCCCAGUUCAAAGGGGAGGCCAAUAAGCCAACCCCAGCUGACAAUAAGGUCAUUGAUCGCAGAAGAAUACGCAGCCUCUAUAGCGAGCCCUUCAAGGAACCUCCAAAGGUGGAGAAACCUAGUCUCCAGAGUUCCAAACCAAAAAAGACCUCAGUGAGCCAUAAGCCCCCGAGGAAGGCCAAAGACAAGCAGGGGGCGUCGGGCCGGGCAUCCAAGAAGAAGAGCGCGGAGGGUGCGCGCACCGCCCCACCCGCCGCGGACAAGGAGCAGAGCGCAGAGAUGAACAAUAAGCUGGCUGAGGCUAAAGAGAGCCAGGUCGAACCCACCAGGGAUUCACCUAAGAAUCAAGGUCCUGUAGCCACAGAGCCAGACAAGGAUCAAGGUCCAGUGGGCCCAGGGCCUCUGAAAGAUCAAGGUCCUGGGAUCCAAGAGCCUUCAAAGGGCCAAGGCCCCAUAGCCCCAGAGCCUCUGAAGGAUCAAGCUCCUGUGGUCCCAGGGCCUCUGAAGGAUCUCGGUCCCAUAGUCCCUGCGUCACUUAAGGAUCAAGAUCACAUGGUCCCUGAGCCUUUAAAGAAAGAAGGUUCUGUGAUCCCAGCACCAGUCAAGGACCAAGAUUCCUUGGACCCCAUGCCUCUAAAGAAUCAAAGUCCUAUGGUUCCAGCAAGAGUUGAAGAUGAAGGUUCUGUGGUACCAGAGCUUCUGAAGGAUCAAGGCCCCACGGCCUCUGCACCUGUCAAGGACCAAGGUCCCAUGGUCCCUGAGCCUGUGGAUCAAGGCCCCAUGGUCCCAGCACCUGUCAAGGACCAAGGCCUCAUGGUCCCAGCACCUGUCAAGGACCAAGGCCUCAUGGUCCCAGCACCUGUCAAGGACCAAGGCCCCAUGGUCCCAGCACCUGUCAAGGACCAAGGCCCCAUGGUCCCAGCACCUGUCAAGGACCAAGGUCCCAUGGUCCCUGAGCCUGUGGAUCAAGGCCCCAUGGUCCCAGCACCUGUCAAGGACCAAGGCCCCAUGGUCCCAGCACCUGUCAAGGACCAAGGCCCCAUGGUCCCUGAGCCUGUGGAUCAAGGUCCCAUCAUCCCAGCACCUGUCAAGGACCAAGGCCCCAUGGUCCCUGAGCCUGUGGAUCAAGGUCCCAUCGUCCCAGCACCUGUCAAGGACCAAGGCCCCAUGGUCCUAGCACCUGUCAAGGACCAAGGUCCUAUGGUCCCAGAGCAACUGAAGGAUCCAAGUGCCCUGGUCAUAGAACCUGUGAAGAAGGAAGGUUCUGUGCUAUCUGAGUCUGUAGAGAAACAAGGGUUAUUGGUCCCACAGCCAGUCAAAGAUCAAGGGAGAGGGGUCUCAGAACUUCUGAAGGAUCAUGAUUCUGUGAUUGCAGCGCCUGUCAAGGAUCAAGGCCCCGUGGUCCUGGAGCCUGUCAAAAGUCAAGUUCCUAUAAUCCCGGUGCCUCUGAAAGAUCAAGAUCCUCAGGUGCCACCACCAGCAAAGGACCAAGGUCCUGUGGUUCCUAAGCCUCUGAAGACUCAAGGUCUCAGGAGCCCUCAGCUGCCCACGGUCUCACCACCACCCCCAGUCAUGAUCCCAACUGUCCCCCAUGCAGAAUAUGUCGAUGGUUCCCCUUGACACUCACCCCUUGACAUGCCAAAGAAGGAGCUGGAGGUGAAAGUGCUCCCUCUCAGGGGCAGCAAAGACACU